AUGCGAAAAUCUCCGUUUGGCAAACUAAUCGCGACUGCGGAAAAACCCUCCCUUUCCGUGAGUUUCGGUCACUUCAUCAUCACGAGGUUGCUUAAGGUUAGUAAAAAGUACGGAAUAUGGAUUCUUUUCGCCGGCCGUCCAAUUAGAGUGUCUCUCCGAGAAUUUGCUAUUGUCAUCGGGCUGCCUUGCGGCAAGUACCCGAAAAAGCAGAAGAAAAAGAAGAGAAACCCCAUUCUGGAGAAGCCAUACUGGCCGGACUUAAGCAUCGAAGAGUUUUUCUCACACCCGUGGGGCAGAGUGGGAUUUGAGAUGUUGAUGUCUAGCAUCAAAUUUAAAGAUGAAGUUGCACUGGCACAAAGCAUAGUCGCGGUUAAAGAAUCUGAAGGAGACGAAGAGGAGGGAGAGUCCGAUGACGUUGCCCCAGCCAACAUGCCGGAGAACCCCUCAAAUGAGCAAUCGAUUGCUGGCGAUGCCGAGAAAAACGCUGGAAAGCCUUCGACACACACAGAGUUGGCGACUGUCGGACUAAGUCCAAGUCACGCAAGGGAAAUCGACGAAGGAUGCAAGGUCUCGGUUUUUAGCAUUAUCCCCGACGAUUCAGAUUCUGCAAUGGAGGAUGCGGACUUUUGCUGGUACGACGAGGAAGACGAUCCAAAGGUUGAUAAUAUGGUAAAUCUCAUCGGGGAAAACUUUGAAUUCCGCAAAAACAUGUUUCAGGGUGGUUUGUCUCAGGCUGAGUUGGCGAAGAUGCGCCUUGAGAGGAAGGAAAUCAUGGAGCGGAAGGAGAGGGAGAAAGAGAAGGCCCAGGAAAAUGUAACCAAUCUUGGUGCCGCUGGUCCGUCGUCGACUGCUCCCCCCCCCCCUAACAUAGCUGAACUGUUGUCUGCCACGGUAAAGGCAGAGCUAGCUCCAGUUGAGCUAAAGGUGGCAGCUGCUAUCGACAAGAUAUCGACUAUUGAAACCAAUUUGUCCACUCUUGGCACUGUGAUGAAGACAGCUAUGGAACGGAUGAUUACAUCAAUGCAGGAACAAGUAAUAUCCAACAUUAUUGGUUUUCUAGGCAAGUCUGUUUCGGAAUUCGACAGGCACGACAUUGAAAGAGAUAGAUCUACGGCUCGUGGAAACGCAGAGAGGCAAGGCGAUGCAGGACAAACAGGGGCAAGGACUGAAAGAGAUAGAUCUACGGCUCGUGGAAAUCACCAGACACGGCAACAGGUCCAAGCGGAUGCAGUUAUAAAUGACGCCAUUGCGUUUGCUAACAAUAUUAAUACGGACCAACAGACGGAUAUGCAGCAGGAGGGCGAAGGAGUUGGAGGUCUGAGUUCAGAAGCUGGCAAAAGUAACGAGAGCCCGGAAGAGAGACAAGAUGGUGCUACUGAAGGCGAUGGGGAUGGGGAUGACCCAGUUGAUGAAAUUGGCGAUGAGGGAGAUGGUCCACGGCAAGGCAAGAGGGCUAGGGUGCAGACAUCGUUCAACGACUUCCACGUGGAUCCGAAGUGGGGUUCAUGCACGAUGGGGAGCAAUCCCUUUUUAUGCCACACUGAAGAACGACCAAGUUAUUUUACCAAGUUUGUGCGCUUACACGAGGUGUUGCAGAACUAUCGGAUAUUCAACCUUGGCAGUGGCACUUCUGUUAACAACAAGGAUGUUCUAGACAUAGCUGAUAGGACAAAGCCCAUGAUGCCUAAGGUAAUGCCUUCAUUCCACUGCCAUGAUGGACGCGCUUCUCCUAUACGCCCGCGCUGUCUAUGUCCGGAGUCUCAUUUGAACAAGACGGUGUUUCUUGAAACCAAAUUCACGACUGCACUGAUGAAGACCUGGAGUAAGUUUUCCCGUUUGGCUGUCAAAGACCGUCAUAGGUUCAAAUUUUGGGAUGGUGUCAUGGAUCACCUUGAGGUGGACAUUGUAGAGAUCCCAACGCCAGAGCGUUUGUAUUUGCCAUUCAACUUUGACAGGGAGCACUGGAUUGGCAUAGCUGUUGACACAACUGCUGGGAGUAUGCACGUGUUGGAUUACAACCUCUCUUUGAGGACUGAUAGCGCUAUAAAGAAGGAGCUGGCCCCCAUAUCAAUGAUGUUACCGUACGUACUAAAGCAAAUUCCAUCCAACAAACGUGUUAGCGAGUCUAAACCUUACGUUAUCGUUCGACCUAAAGGAAUUCCACAGAACGGCAUCAUGUGCGAUUCUGGUGUCACAACUGCCCUGCUUAUAAUGUUACACUCGGUUGGAGGGAUUGACCAAUGCAAGAUGCUCACUCCCGAUGAGAUGGCCAAAGAGAGUCAGGUUUUGGCUGUUCAGUUUUUCGAGGAGUUUGAUGCUCCAGCGUAA